CAGCCGUGGUCCCGCCUCCAGUACAAGCCUCCCAGUAUGUCUUCAUUAUCAAACGCACAAACGAGUGCCAAGGUAAUCCUUCUGGAGCAGAGAUAAAGGAGAAACCAGGAUAAAAAGAGAAAAAGUGCUGGACCGAGUCGGAGGUUGAAUACCUAAAUCAGCAGAAAGGAGGGAAAUUAUUUGAACCCCGUAAAUCAGAGGUGAAGCGAGGGAUAAAAGAGGAAGAGGAGAGCGAGGAACAUCUUGACUUGGAGACUCGAGGAAGGAAGAAACAGCGACUUGUAGCAACAACGGGAAUAAAAGUGGAGAGCAGACGAGCCGAGAGCGGCGCCCCAAAGACACGAGCGAAACAUCGAGACGGACCGUCAGCCCGCCGGCGCAGGACCCACAGAGAAAGAUGCAGGCCUCGCUGCUGCUCGCCGCCAUGCUGUUUUAUCUUGGCUCCGCCCACAUGAUUGUUGACGACAGACAGGCCACCAAAACGGCCUUCGUGUCCAACUCUGUGUCUCAGAACCUGGAGAUUGACACGCCUCCUGUUGUUAUUGUGGAGUUAGUAAAAUCUACAAAGAAGACAGAGAAACCAAAAAAGCAGAAAAAGAGUAAAUUUGUCGUCAGGAAGCGACCCCCUCCUCCUGCCAACUGCACCCCGCUGGGGGAGAGCUGUAAAUCUCCGGGCAACGUUUGCUGCGACUUCUGUGCUUUCUGCCAGUGCCGGCUCUUCAAAACGGUCUGUUUCUGCAGGAUGGGCAACCCCCGCUGCUGAGCCCCCCCGCCGCCCACCCCAGCACGUCAGGAGGGGGAGGUGGGGAGAGGCGACCCCGCUCUGUCGUUUUAUCCAAACUCACAGGGUGAACACAGUUUAUUAUGGACCACAGUACGGUGAGGGGGGCUUCCAGCUCAGCUAUGAGGGGAUUGUUUUUUUUCUUUGAGCUGAGCUGUUAGCACACAGCAGAGGAGUUUAUGUGACCAAGCAGUUCGAUACGUUUACACACGACUGCAGGAACAUUUAACUUUACAUUUAUUAUGAAGCUUGUAAAAAUAAAAAUGCAUUUUUAGAACAAAA